ACAAGAGAGGCAGAAGGUGAAUGUAGCACUAUUCUAUUCUGCCGCAGCCUACCGGGCGGGGGAGGGGGGUUUACUGCCGUGGAGCCCGAAGCUUGACGCGGGACGUUUCUGGUCUCGAGCACCGCGGAUUUACUCCACCUGGCACGCGCACGACGAUGGAAAUGAAUAUGGAAUGAUAACGACCAACAGCGCAAGAUGGGCAGGCGUUGAGAUCAGCUUUAACUUCCUCCGGUGGCGGCUCAGCUUCGAAAUGGUUUCCAGUGCCAGAGGAUGCCAGCAGCCCCAGAGCAUCACCGAGCCACCACCAUGCUUAACUUUGGGCAUUCGUCUUCCUCCAGACAUACUGCUGAUCCAUCGUGCUGAAAAGGAUGAGUUCCAUCCGUUCAUUGAGGCUCUGCUGCCUCAGGUCCGUGCCUUCGCCUACACAUGGUUCAACCUCCAGGCCAGGAAAAGGAAGUACUUCAAAAAACAUGAGAAAAGGAUGACUAAAGAAGAAGAGCGAGCUGUCAAAGACGAACUUCUUGGGGAAAAGGCAGAGGUGAAACAGAAGUGGGCCAGCCGUCUUUUGGCCAAGCUAAGAAAGGACAUUAGACCUGAAUGCAGAGAAGAUUUUGUCCUGUCAAUCACUGGGAAGAAAGCUGCAUGCUGUGUCCUGUCAAACCCUGACCAGAAAGGCAAAAUGAGACGCAUAGACUGUCUCCGACAAGCUGACAAGGUGUGGAGGUUGGACCUGGUGAUGGUCAUCCUAUUUAAAGGAAUCCCAUUGGAAAGCACAGAUGGAGAGCGGCUGGUGAAGGGAGGCCAAUGCUCCAAUCCAGUCCUCUGUGUCCAGCCUCGACACAUCUCUGUCUCUGUCAAAGAGCUCGACCUCUACCUCGCUUACUUUGUACAAGAGAGAGAGGCAGAGCAGAGCAGCAGUCCCAGUCGUACGGGAGUGGGCUCAGAUCAGGAGGACAGUCGAACCGCCACAAUGGAUGGUCCAGAGUUCCAGGAGAGUUUUGUGACAUCGGGAGUUUUCAGUGUCACUGAGCUGGUCCAGGUCUCAAGGACUCCAGUAGUUACUGGAGUAGGACCUAGUUUCUCUAUGGGGGAACUCCAGGGUCAUCUGGCCUACGACCUCAACCAGUCUGUCAACCAGCCAGUCAGCCUCAGACGAUCACUGGCCAGCACCUCAUCCAGCGGGAGUAAGCGUCAUAAGUCUGGCUCAAUGGAGGAAGAGGCUGACAGUCCAGGAGGGGAGUAUUACCACUCACCUUCCUCUCCUGCCAGCAGCUCCAGGAACUGGACUGAUGACAUGGAAGGAGGUCUAUCUCCUCCAGUGAAGAAGGCAGAGCUAGACAGUCCCUCUCCCCAGGAAGACUCACCAAGAUUGGGCUCCUUCACUCAGCACCACCGGCCAGUCAUAGCUGUUCACAGUGGUCUGUCUCGGAGUCCCCACCCUUCAUCAUCUCUUCAUUUCCCGUCGUCCUCCUACUUCCCACAUGGAGCAAUCCGCUAUCCUCCUCACCUGGCCCAGGACCCCCUAAAAGAUCUGGUCUCAUUGGCCUGCGACCCGGCCAAUCAAACUCCCAGCUCGCUGAAUGGCAGCAACCAGGUUAAAGUGCCCAGUCACUAUAUCUCCUCUCAGAUGUUGGCACCCCCCGGACCAGCACCCUCCCUGGCUCCUCCCCCAUCCUCCCUCCCAAGACUGACACUGUCUGCAGAGUCAAAGGCCACUACCACCUCCUCUGAUGGGGGAGCAAACUCCCCCACAUCACCCACAUACUCGGCCCCUGGGACCCCACCUGCCAAUCGCACCUCCUUCGUUGGAGUCACGCCUCGAGACCCAGGUGGACUCUACCAAGCCCAGUCUUGGUACCUGGGCAACUGAGUGAACUCUGGAGGAAAGAUGAUUGUCAUGGCAGUACUGCCCUGGAAGGAAGGAAACAAUGUUAUCAAGACAUUGCCAGAGGAAAAAUAUAUUCAGCUUUGUAGAAGCAUAACAUGUGGUCAUACACACAUAUAAAUAUACAGUGGAAUAUAUUUAUAUAUGUUUAUGCACCCAGAAGAGACCUGGAUGGAAGAAUGACGCUGCUCUUACUCAGCCAUUUUGCAGCCACAGAAUGAACUAUGCUAUAUUGACACUAAAUGGUUCUCACAAAUGACGGGAGUUGUGAUUUUUAAGUAAGGGAGUGAUGAAGAUGUCUGGUUGGUCCAGAUGAACUGCAGACCAGAACCAGGCCUCAACACACCAGAUUCUAAGAAGCCUGUAACCUGACUGUGUCCACAGGAUGAGGCCUUUUCCCCUGAGAUGGAUGUCAGUCUUUACCCCUGUACCCUGGGUUUCUACACUAAAUCUAGUAUAUAGACAUAGACCUCAUCCCCCUCAACACCCAGAAUGCCCCUCUCCGCUUCAGGUGCUGCUUACAAUAUAUGCAAAUAAGCCUCCCUUAUUUUCUGAACCAACUAGAAAGAGAGAUCCUGUUGUUAAUAUGUAAUGUUUCUUUGCACUUUUUAAUGUUAUUGAUACGUCUGAAGAAAAGUAAGAGUUGAAACAGCGCAGUUUUUUCUCUCUCUUCCCACCAAAAGACAGAGGCUUUGUCUUUUUUAUUGACAAUCAUCCGCCAUUAAGUUGCUCUGCUAAGGCUCAUGUUUUUAAGACUGUUUGAUUGUGCUUUUUUAUCAGAAAACAAUGCGCAAUAUGGAAAAUAAAAGGUGUAUUCAUGCCUCCUCCAACACAACACACAAUGCUAGAAUUGUGACACCAGUAUAGGCCCAGUAGUACUGGUAUCAGGGGGAGCCCUCAUUAGCAAAGGACAUCUUUUUACAUGAAUGUCCUGCAGCUUCCUUCCCUUCAGAUGCUGAUCAAUUUGUCAUGACAGUACUUAUCCAAACGGCCAAAGGCACAAUGUUUGAAGGAGACAUGCACCUUCCACAACAAAAGUCUCAGUAGAACUGGCUGCUGAGCUUAAUGUGGGAAACUGUGGCAGUGUGUGUGUGUGUGUGUGCGUGUGUGUAUGGUUCCUGCAUUUCCAAACUCAUCCCUGCACUGUUUUGAGGAGAUAUGUAGAUUUUGUUUGUGUCUCAGAGAACAUAACGACGAGGCUUGUACUUGUAUGUAGGUAGAUUAGAAAGAGACAUAGUAGGCCUUGCACUAUUCCUAAGUUAAAUUGCUUUUUGAGAAAGGUGUGAUGCUGUGGCCAGGCUGGUAGGGUAUAGUGUAUAGUCAGUGUUUAUGACAGCAGGUGUUGUGCACACUGACUUGACCUGAGCACAAAAUCCAGGUUUCUUGUCUAGCCCAAGAAUGAGUGGAGGUCUAGAAAGUGUCCUUGGUUCUGCACUGUAUAGCUCAACCCCAAUCCAACUUGAAGACUGGUACAGUAGCAGUAGGGUGUGGGCAGGGGCGCGCUGGAGGCAUAUAAAUGAAAGGACAGGCUAGCCACAGUGCCAUGGUUGGUUUGAAGGCAUACCUAGAUGGUUUACCACUUGCAACAUGAGGUUGCUUUUUUGUGUCCAACCUUGACAAAAUAUUUGCAUUAUGCCAGUGUUUUAGUGAAACAAUAUUCUCUUGUGGCUGGCUUUUCACAGUUUUGUUUAGUCAAUAAUCUUUUAAAAGGAAUUUACUAGCUUAAAACUGUACAUGCUGCAUUUUGACUUAUAUUACAAUCUUCUUAAACAUUUGAUAAGGUUAGCAUUUAAUAGAAUCGAAACAUUAAUCUUUUUCUGCUGUAAUGGCGACACCUCAAAACCACAUGUCCAUAGACGUAACAAAGAACAAGAUGUCAGAUCAAGGGAUAGCAACAACUAUGUGUAGUCAAAGAUCUGAAUGCAGAAGCAGAAUAAAAUCCAGAAUCAAAUUAUAAUACAUAUCACCAUAAAUAUUUCUAUGUUAAAUUCAAUGCAAAUCCAAUCCAAAACCAAUAUUCUAUUAGUAGAAUAUGUGCACCCUGACCUUUUUAUAUUUCCUACAGCAUUUUUUGGUGAUGAAAACACUGAAAAUAAAUUGGAAAUAAAUUUUUAUUGAAAAAUACUUUCUAAUAUGUGCCAUAUUUAAAUCUCCAAGGCUUUGCAACUGUAAAGCAGUCAAGUGAAAUGUGUUGCCUGGGGAUGUGGAUUGGUGUUUCUGUGUUGAGGUGCGAUCAGAUUGAAUAGCAAGCAAAUUUCCGUCUUGUGUUACUGCUAGUGUGUAUUUGCAGUCUGUAGAUGUUACAUCAAAACAUUAAUAUUUUCCUGUACGAUAUUUUCCAAGAACAAAACCAAAGUAUAUUACAAUAUUUCUGGCCACUGCCAUAAAUCUGAGCAGUGAAUAUUCAGUAAAGAAGAAGAGUCAAGUAGAGUGUACUGGAUUCUUAUAUUUGGAAGACAUUUUAGAAAGCAGACAUCCGUGGGAUAUAGAAAAAAGGUAAAGUUUAGAUUUCCCUUAAAGUUCACAGAGUACCACAGUGCGUGGUGAGGUUACAAAUGGGGCUAUCCAAACAGCCAGCGUACCAACUGUACACCGCCUUACUAGCUUGCAACGCAUACAUCGACCAUGUGUGUAGAGUGGCUGUUUAAGUAUGACAACUCGGAUAAAAACAUAGUUCAGUCUGAUAUUUUCUUCCAGUUUUUGUCCGUUUUCCUCUUGUCUCUUUGUGUUUAUACAUUUUAGUGUCAUACCGUGUUGAAAUAAGUGUGAUAAGGUGAAAUAUUUUCUACUCUCACAGAAGCAUUUCCACUUUUCCCCACAAUUCACUUUGCAUUCAGUCUGAAUACAGGUGUCCGUAUCUUUUCCUUUCCCAGGGUUUGGGGUUAAAGUUGACAGCAGCCAGUGCCUAUUAGGGGUUCAGAUUUUGUACUGAAGGUGCUGAUUUGAGUUAGGUUUUGGUUGGGCUAGGUUUAAGGUUUGGUUAAAGUUAGCUUAAAGCUGAUGUAUACUGCAUGGUGCUGUUCUGGUCGCUGUGCUGACCUAAUGAAUGCAUGGCUCAAACUGAUGAUACCUCUUCCUCUCUAUCCUGCUCUUCCUCUUCCUCGCCUUCCCCUGUCUGUACUCUGUACUACAUCAGAAAGCAGUGGAUGGAAGGGCUGUCUGUUUCUUUAAAUUUAAUAAUAGCCCUGUUGUUAAACUUCUAUUUUGCACGAUAUUUCAUAAAACACAUUAUGUGCCUUGCCUUUAGUUAAAGAAUAAUCCAUUAUGUGAACGUGAUCAUACUUUUCAUGGUACAGCUUGAAGCACUUAAAAAAAGCUGCAUGUUUGAUUGCUUGGCAUUUAGCAGUGUAGCAGGUACACAGUUUUAGGUUAAACAAUGGCAGUGUAUUAACUGCCAGCUGAGAUACUAGCUCAAUGAAAGCGUUCAUUAGCUUCAGCAGAGGUAAAUUCUCUACUACUUUUCAACUAAAGGCACAGCAAAUUUUUACAGUGUGAAAGGAGCAGUAUGAUAUUUUGGAAAAUAUACUUGUUUGUGAUCAUACAUAGGGGUUAUGAAAACUGAUCUGGUUCAGUGGCUCUGCUGUUAAUAGUGUUGGCUUAUAGGUGUGUGUGGACUUAAGUAAAUUGACAUUGGGUCAUUCUGGGUCAAAUCAUUUUAGAUUGUGUUCAAACUUUACGUAUAUGUUGUUUAAGACCAAAAGUAAGUCCCGUAAAAAAAAGUCAUAGGCCAUUUUUAGGGUUCAGUAUCUUCAGGAAAAAAAGUGCACAAUGGGUGGUUUUGCAGACCCAGGCAGUUUCCUAAAGUACAGUGCAUCCAGAAAUUGUUCACAGCGCUUCACUUUUUCCACAUUUUGUCACGUUACAGCCUUAUUCCAAAAUGGAUGAAAUUCAAUAUUUUCCUCAAAAUUCUACAAACAAUACCCCAUAAUGACAACUUCAAAGAAGUUUGUUUGAAAUGUUUGCAAAUUUAUUAAAAAUAGAAAACAAAAAGGCACAAUCAGCACUGCUCAAUACUUUGUUCAAGCACCUAUGACACCAAUUAUAGCCUCAAGUCUUUUUGAGUAUGAUGCUACAAGCUUGGCAUACCUAGUUUGGGGCAGUUUCUCCCGUUCUUUUAAGACGAAGGCCACGGUGUUCAGUGGGACCUUCAAUGCUGCAGAAAUGUUCUGUACCCUUCCCCAGAUCUGUGCCGCGAUACAAUCCUGUCUUGGAGGUCUACAGACAAUUCCUUGGACGUCAUGGCUUGGUUUGUGCUCUGACAUGUACUGUUAACUGUGGGACCUUCUAUAGACAGGGGUGUGCCUUUCCAAGUCAUGUCCAAUCAACUGAAUUUAACCACAGGUGGACUCCAAUCAAGUUGUAGAAACAUCUCAAGGAUGAACAGUGGAAACAGGAUGCUGUGUAUUAUGUAAUUUAUUUUUUAAUACAUUUGCAAAGAUUUCAAACAAACUUCUUUCAUGUUGUCAUUAUGGGGUAUUAUUAGUAGAAUAUUUAGGAAAAUAAUGGAUUUCUUUCAUUUUGGAAUAACGCUGUAACAUAAGAAAAUGUGGCAACAGUGAAGCGCUGUGAACACUGGAUGCAUUGUAUAAACAUAUGGCUAUUUCAUACUUCAGGCUGAUAAUACAGUAUUUGAUUGUUUUUUUUUUGAAAAUUUCAGGGGCUUUAGCAUAAACAGAAACUGAUUUAUGGCAAGCCAAGUUUGUGUGUGAAAUUAAAAGUUCCUUCUAUGUUGUCUUCAUGGUUAAAUGUAACAAGAUUUUUCAUGGUUUGAUCAAAAUUUAAGAUGUAAACAUAAAACUAUCUGAUUUGACACAGAAUGAACCCACUGACUGUGUGUGACACAGCACUCACACAGUGUUGAAAAUUUGACGUGUGUUAAACGUUAUUUUAGGGUAUUCUUAAAGUAUGGCUACCUUGGAUCUGAAAAUGGGACUUUGCUUUGUCUACAUCCUGUUUUGAGAUUAAUUAUUAAAUACAUGCAAUCACAUUUGAUAGUAUUUAUUGCAGGGAAGGUCUUAUACUAUAUUAAAAUUUGAAUAAUUUGUCAGGCAUUUAGCCAAUGUGGCCAAGCCACUCAAUCCCAUCUAAUGGAAACAUGUUAAACAUGCUUUGGUUUGGGCUCCAAGGCUCUGCAGUUCUAUGAUUGGCCAAUAGUACUCCGUCCAUUUGCCUGUAUAAUGACACUGACCACAUGACUAAUCAUGUGACAAGAUACAACAAAAGGCUGUAGAUGAGUUUGAGUUUUAUAUGAAUGCAUGCACUUAACACUAUUCUUACUCAACUUUUUAGUUAUUUCUUGAGUUGUUAUAGUUAUAUUGCUUGUAGAAUUGUAGUUUUAAACACAGGAGUGUGUAUGAAAAUAUGUACAACAUGGAUUCAGUUAUUAAAGGGAUGCAUAGAAUGUGUAAGUCUCGUGCGUUUUAGUUUGGCCCUCUUAAGAUGGUGCCACAGAGUAAGGGACCCAUGAAAUGCAAAAAAUUGUGGGUUGGCUGGUAGUAUAGUUUAGCCAUGUGAGGGAUGAUGAAUGGUGAUGGGUGAAAAUGGCAGUGAAGUCAAGUUAAGUUAGUGUGAACUGGAAUGCACCCUAAGAGUGCAUACCUCCGCUAAGGCUGCACACUGCACACUGAUAUCACACUGAUCAGCAGUUGCCAGCAACAGUUUUAGAAUACCCAAAUCUUGUCCUGAAAUAUGUGGGCUUUGUAUGGGAUGAAUUAUGCAAAAUUACACACUUUUAAUAUGACCAGUUAAAUGGUAAGAAAAGUUUUACCAAACAUUUAAAAUAGCAGAAGAAUAUUUGUUUAGUCAGAAAUGGACAUAGACUAAACUAAUAGAUUUGUCUUAACACAACAUUCACAGUUCAGGAAGGUUGGAGCAGAAGUGUUCACCAUUCCAGUUUUAUAUAUGAUCCAAAAUGGACAGUCAGACCCGUCCGAUACCCAAACAUUUGAUCCAAAUUGUGGUGGACCCAGAGGGAGAACAGUAACACUGGCAGAAUGAUGAUGAUGAUGCUCCAACAAAUAAAAAAAGUAAUACAUGGUAUGUUUCUGCACUUUACAGUUUGUACUCUGCUUAAAAAACAUUUUCUCCUGCAAUAACAAUGAUACAGCAUCUGAUCAGAGUUGAUGGAGAAUCUGCUUGGAUCCCUCAGGUAUUAGACAUUUUGACACACAGACCUGAGACCUGCAGCAGUACAGCAGGACACUACCAGACCUGGCUAAUUCAGGUCCCGGGUCUUGAAUAUUAUUGAAUAUUAGAAUAUUAGGAAUUUAAGUUAAGUGUUUUAUAAAUGGCCACAAGAUGGCACUAUUGCUACUGAAACAUCUGAUGGAAAUCUGUUCAAUUGGUCGGAGAUAAUUCAAAAUUUGUCUACUGAAGAGUAACAGCAGCUUGGGGUGAAGUUGAUUUUAGUACUGUGAUUGUUCAACUUGAAAGCGAUUGGCUAAUUUCACAGAUACCAGACCAAGUUGUAAUUACAAUUUCAUGUUUGUACUCCCUUUUUCAAUCAAUCAUAAUAAUGUCAAACAGUAUGACCACGGUGAUCUAAGACCGCAUAGUAUUAACCCAUGAUAGGACUGACUGUGGUUCACUCAGUUGUGAUGUGUGUGACGUGUGUGUACUGGUUGCCUAUUAGCAAGUGCACUACAGGGAUUAAAGGGAGAACAUCUGGGCCCACAGACAGAAAAAUAAAGCUGGACAGAACUAAAGUCUCUUUAGUUUGUGGACACAAUAAAACCAAAACCAGUUUAAUAUAACACUGCACAAGUCAAUACUAAACCAAAAACUUCUGUCAAAACGUUCUAUACAUUUAAAUCACCUCUCUUCUACAGCUAAAAUAAAUGAAUGCUGUAAGAUGUACAAAGGUUGUAUAUAUUGUAGGGCUGAUGUAUUGUAUUACAGAAAACUGUAGUGGCUUUGUGAUUAUUGUGUCUUCUCCAGCUGAUGACCAAAAUCACUGUGCACAUCGUACUUUGGGAAUCUUAAUACGGCUUCAUAUUGUCUACCAGAAAGCUGUGCUUCAAGCCAAGAUAAAAACUGAUUUGAAUUCUAAACCUUAACUUGUAGACAUUAUGUGUGCACUAUAUAAAGGCAGAUAGCUUAAAGGCAGUGCAUUUUCAGAGUUUGUCAUUAUUUGGAUGUAUGGCUCCUGGCUGUCAGAAGAGAUUUGAUUCUGUGUUGAAGCAGGUUAUGAAGUGAUACCUCUUCAUUUCUAUUCCUUUCUACUUUUCUCUAUCACUGUCAGUUUGACAACAGAAACUACAAAAGAAAGCCAAAUAGCUUCCCUACCGAACACCGCCAACUGAGUGGAAGACUAAUCCACUGUUUUCUAAAGGUGUGCCAGCUACAUGCAAUAAGACAUAAAUUAUGCCCAGGCCUCUAUGUCAAACCUCUCAAACAAGGUAAAAUACCAUGCUGCUCUCAGUAACUAUUCAUAUCACAGUUGCCAAUCAAAGUGGACACUUCUGAUUCUUGUGAGAAGGGACGUUGUGUAGAAAAGUCCAGUUUUUUAACAAUCAAUCUGGAAAUUACCCACCUUCAGGUCAAAAUUUUUAAUGAGGUGAGGAUAAUGUGUUUGUCAUGAAAUUGAACUUGGAGAGAAAACAAUUGUUGGGUCUCUGUAAAUAAUAUUACAAAGAGUACGUCUAGACCUGCUCUAAAAAAAGUGCAGUGAAAUCUCUUUUGUUAUGAAUUGGCGCUAUAUAAAUAAAAUUUAAUUGAUAACAAUAUACAUCAGAUCAGCUGUCACGCAAACAUUGUCCUCUCCUCAAGAAAAAAGUGCUUGCAAACUCAUUACUUUCUCUGCUCUAUUUAAAUAAACCAGCAGGUCAACAGCAUGACAACUGAAAAAAAAAACACCAACCAAAACAAGCAGUGCCUAUGAUUUUACUGCUAGUUUAAUUUAAGUUCUUUUGUAUGCUGUGGUUUGCAAUAUGUGUCCAAGGCCAUGUGAGACCCUUUAGCCUAGGGGUGAUGCUCAGUGUUGAUAACAUUACCAUCCCUGUAUAGGCAGGAUGGGCUGUCCAGGUCCUGAGGUGACAAGCCAUAAAACAACCCAAAGAGUUGAAGAAAACCUAGAGGAAACACUGAGAGACUCAUGGUUCUUCAUUUUAGGUUGGAUUAUGUUCAGGGACUGCAGCUGUGUCCUGUUUUCACCUCCUUACAGAGUAGCACUGGAAAAAGGCUGUCCAUUCUAAAUCAGGCAAAAAGUAUGGCAAAGCAUUUACAGCAAGGCAGUGAACAUUUGAAGACUUACCAAAGAGAGAAUAGGGAACCCAUUAGCAACUUAAUGCUAAUAGAUGAUUAGCUACCAAGUAUUUCCUGAAAAGUGUUGAAACAAUAGCAGUAGUGAUCCAGUGUGUUAAUGAUAAUUUCCACGUCACAGUUGGAAAAGCACAGGUGUAGGUAAUAAAAUGAAUGAUGGCUGAAAUCCAUUUGGCUGCUUAAGUUUCAGGGUCCUGCAUUUUGCAUGCUGGCUCACUGUCCUUGCACACGCUCUCAUGGUUUACUGGGCCAUUGUUAAUUAUGUUAAUAACACCUGUGAUUUUCCUACUAUAAAAAGUCAAAAUAUUUACUGUGAAAAAGGUAUGUUGCUGAUUAACUGCAAAUCAUUUACUAAAUGAGACAUAACAUAUAACUGAUCAUUGCACUAUUACACACAUUAAUUACUGUAGUCAUUGAUUAAUAUAGUAUAAUAUAUUGCUGCAUUAUACUUAGUUGUUACUUCAAAUGCAUCCUUACUUGAUUGCUAAUCCACCAUUAAUUACCACUAUUUUUGUAUGUUUUUUUUAAUGGAGAAGGCGCCAUUAGAUCAUGACUUAAACAACCCAGUCCCUCCUUUAAUUAAUGUUGUUAUGUUAAAUUGCUUUCAGUCCACAGCAUUAGAUAAGAGAGAUGUUAGCUGUGAAUGCUGUUUUGAAGGAAAUGGCCUGUGCUUACGGUACUAUGGGUCCGUUGCAUUAUGUUCAGUGCACAUUUACAUUAACACGUAAUUCAACAUAUCAUAUUAACAAGGACACAAUAAUGUAUGCAAAGUGACAACUGAGUAUAAUGUGCUACAUAACCUGAGACACAUAGAGACUAAUAUUUACAUAAUAAAGAUACAGUAUUUAGUCAAUGAUUAUGUGCUGUUUAGCCUUUGAUCCAGCAUUGCUUCAGCAUGAGAUAUUCAGGAACUUAAUAACUGGAACUAAACAGGAACUGAAUAAAUCAUUGCAUACUGGUUCAUUUACAGAUCUGGUAUAAAUUUAUUCUACUUUACAAUUCUUGAUUUACUGGGGUGCUAUUAGUUAAACCUGCAGUGCGGGACCUUUGUCUCCCCCUUCUGGCAGUGAUAGGCUUAAUCAGCAUUGUGUGAACUGGUUUGACAAGGGCUUGAAGGUAAAGGUCCUGCACUUCUAAGUAUGCAUUAAUUAGUACUUCCUAAUUUCUUCCAUAAUAUUUGGAAACCACUUACAGUUUUGCAGUUGUCAGAAUCCCCAACGUUAAUAAAGUAACCACUGGUUCAACUUGACAGUUAAAAAAACAGAGUUGCUGAAGCUGCUAAUCUGACAGGAUUCUAGUUUCGCCCCCUGAAAAAUGAACUGUAGAGACAGCCACUUUCUAUAAAAGUGCAUUGUCAAAGAUCUGAAAUUUGUUGACUACGAUGUCGUUUUGGUGUUCCCUCUAGAUUUUUCUUUACUCUGUGGUGCAAACCAAUUGCUGUUCUGAUCACUGUUAGCACUGUUAGUAGAGAAUAAAUUAAGAUGCAUCAUAUCAGAACUGCUUUAUGAUUGUGGUCGGCAGGUUAUGGUUAGUAUUGUAGGCAGUAAUAACUAAGUGAACAGUAGUUCUGCUGCUAGUGAUUCCUGUUAAGCUUACUGCUGUGUGAGGAACAAAGGGACUGUUGGAUAUCUUAUCUUUUCAUAGAGGGCUCUUUUCUAUAAACUGUACAUGUUAUUCAACACUCUACCCUACUGCUGCUGUUGCCUGAAAACCAUUUACUUAAACUUAAAUGUGUUUCUUUUAUCUGUUUCAUACUUGCACACAAUGCAAAUGUUUUUUUUAAAUGGCCAUUCGAAACAGUUUCUGUAAUUCUGAAUUCUGUUUCUGAAAAUCUGAUUUUAUAGAGCUACAAGUUUUUCUGACAGUGAUGCCAUAUUGAUUCCUUUCUGUAUCUGCGGGUACAUUGCUUCUGCACACAGUUUACUCCAUGUGCUGAAGAAAGUUUGUAAUGAAUGAAAGUUGUUUCUCAGAGAAAAUUUUAAUGCAGUCUCAUAUUUUAAGGAUUUUUUCUCAGAACUUUUCAAAUAUUAAUAGUAAAUGACUGCUUUGCUUGCUUUAAGAUAUAUAUCCCUUACAUCAGAGAGAGCAUAGGCAUGUUCAGCUUUCAUCAGUUAUUGCAUGACUACAAUCUGCGCAGACCACAUUAACUGUACUUCAGGCCAUUGUAUUGUUCAUUUAGCUACAGAAUAACCACCCAAAAUCUUUGAAAAUUGAUGAGACAUGAUAAGGUCCCCCUCUGACCUGAGUCUAUUUUGUGACCUCAGAGUGCAUUAACAUACCGGAAACACAUUUGAGAAAACCAUCAUCAGUACUAUUGCUAUGGUUACCAAUAGACCAAUUAACUAUACCAGAGUUUUGUUGUCUGAUUUGACUAAUUAACUUGUCUUAAUAUAUGAUUUUAAUUGACACCUGACAGCCAAUCAGAAACCAGCAAUAAUGCCAAAUCUAUGUUCCAGCCUGAGAGCGCUGGUGGGCUAACCCUGGCCUGAGAUGGUCACUGUGGAAAAGGCUGCUGCUCUGGACUGGAUACAGUUUGUAGCAGCUUUAACAAGAGCAUACUUUUUCCUUUAGAUGUUGUUCAGCUCAAGCAAAUGUCAAUAAUCAACCUUUAUUUCAUGAUGUAAACUGUUCCUCUAACACUGCAUUUAAACAGGGACAGGAACACUGCAGCAUAUAUAUGUUUUCUUAUAGCCAUCUAAAUCGAAGUCAUGGACUGACAGUUGUCUGUUCAAGGUUGGACUUUCUGUUGCUGUUUGAAUGUAUCGUAGUUUGAUUGACAGCUGUCUGAACCAGUGUUUCUGACCUAGUGUUAUUCAUCUGCUGUGGGGGAUAUUAACAUCUUUGAUUAUAUGUCAUUAUAACCAUAUAUAGCCAUUGCUAUCAGUAAAUGCUGAUGGAUUCAUUACUGGAAAUGAGUAUGUUUCCCUAUGCAAAAAUAUACCAUUAAUAAACAAGCUAUACCACAACUCA